AUGAAGAAGACGUCAAUUGUAACUUUACUUGCAUUCAUAUUGCCGUUCAUCUCGGCACAACCUCAUAAUAUUACAUCAGUAACAAAUUUAAUCAAAAGAGAGAUAACGCAAUGUUCGUCAGAUGUAUAUUUAAUUAUUAACCAACCUGGCUUAACAUAUCAAGAUUUGACUAGUUUUGAAAAGGAUAAUUGGUAUUUCUUGAGGAAAUAUACCUAUAUGGCAUCAACUGGGAUUGGAAUUCCUCGGAUUGAAGGAACGCUUGAUCUUGAUUAUAUUGAGAAUUAUAUUAUCAAGACUUGUGAAGCAGAAGUUAUUAAUGUCUUUCAUGAAAGUGAAGAUGAAGUAGUUGAUUAUUUUGAUACUAGAAAGAGAGUCAUCAGGGUUGAUCUUGGGGACUUGCCAACAGAAGGUAGGGGUCAUGAAAUUCAGAAACAUGACGAGUUAUUGAGAAAGAUUAUGCGAAAAGUGCCAUCUCCACACUAUACGAUAAUCUUAACUUCUACAGAACCUGGUAUUACUCAUCCUGUUCCAGCUAUACAUAUGGAGCAAUCACCAGACAGGUUUGAGAUUUUCUAUGAUAUUUUUAGUGAUCCCAAGAAUUCUGGGGAAUUUGAAAAGAAUGACAGAUUUCAUUCCGUUGAACCUGAUUGGAAUAAUGCAAGACAUUCAAAUGAUAGAUAUAUUCAAAAUAAGAAAAAGGAUGAGAUUCAUUUAUUUGAUUAUGAACUUUGGACAAAGAAUGAAAAGUUGAUAACCACAAUCUUUGUUAUGAUUGUAAGUUUAUUUAUGAUGAAGACUUUGUCAUUUUUAAAUAAUUUAAAGAAGCGAAUUAUGGAGAGAAAGCUCAAUAAGAAAAGGGUCAUACUACCUACUGACAAGAUGAAGACUUAUUAA